CAGGCCGGCCCGCGCCCCGUCGUUCGCACCCCCCGGCCGGCUGCUCUUCGGCGUGCGCCCAACGGGUGUCGGCCCCGCGGCGGUUCAGCUCUGUCUAGGCCUAAGGAGCAGGGGACCAGGCCCGGGCCGCAGCCCAGCCAGCGUGGGAGCGCCGCCUCUCCCGCCGCCGCCAGCGCGAGCAGCUACGAGCUACCGGAGGCAGCGCGGAGGAGGGCCCCGCGGCGGCCAGCGGCCGGGCAGGAAGGAGCCGGAGCAGACCUGUCCGCUGAGGCGCGGUAGCUCCCGCGCGCCCGCGGCCGCCCGCCUCCCCAGGGCGGAGCGAGGAAUGAGCAGGCGCCCGCCCCGGGCUCUCGGACCGAGGGCUGGGGCCCGGCUUCCUCCCACGCCGCGGAGGCGCGGGGGCUCAGUCGCUGCGGCCGGGCGCGGCAGGAUCGGCGGCGGCCUCGCUCGGGGAGCAGGCGCCCGAGUCGACUGAGCCGGCCGCGGCGAGGAGGAGGAGGAGCCGGGUGGGGGCGGCCGCCGCGCCUCCCCUCCCCUCCCCCGCACACGCCGGGGCCGCUCAGUGGCCGCCAGAGGAGGAAGUUCCGCUCCCUGACAGACCGUGCGGCGGCCGCUCCCGGGGCUCAGGUAUUCGGGGCGCGAUUGCCCUUCGGGCCGACCGUCGAGGGUGGCGGCAUCCGAGCCCUGCCCGGCGCCCGGAGCCUGCGGGGCGGCGUCGCGAGGCGCGGGCGGCCGCCUGCUGCAUCCUGCUUGCUUCACCCGCCGCCGCUGCAUCGGCUUUCCAGCGAGGUGGGAGACCUUCCUCCCUGUUGGGAGACUUCCGAGGAGACCUGCAUUUCCCCCCCUCCCCACCGCGAAGGUUAAGAGACGGUGGAAUAGAGACAUCAGAGGAGGUUAAGUGGACCUUCUGCAACUCCUCGGACCUCGCCAGCCUCCCCUUUGGGGCGGGAGACAACAUUUGAGCAUCUCACUGGGUGCGGGAAUGGAAGAACCCACCUUGCAGCUUUUCUGCAGUGUGUCUUGCCCGAUCUACUCCCAGGAAUGAAGAGGAGAUUUCUAAUAACCUGAUGAAGUACCGAGAGCCUAAUGGCAGGAAGAUACCACAGGACAUAAACUAGCGAUCGUUUGGGAGGCCACCCAGGUUUCCGGAUGUAAUUGGAUGAACGUGAAAGAGAUACCCUUUUAAAAAGCACAACACUCCUAUAAGAGGAGAAAAAUUGAGUUUAUUCCUUUUUUUUCUUUUGCCAAGAUUUUGAAAACGGUUCGAUGUCUUGUACAUUUGAUAUAAGAUGAGAACUUUAUGAAGUAUUCCGUCCAAGAGCCUAAACGAUGACUACCCCAGCCCUGCUGCCCCUGUCUGGACGUCGGAUACCACCUCUGAACUUGGGGCCGCCCUCCUUCCCACAUCACAGGGCUACCUUGAGACUUUCCGAGAAGUUUAUCCUUCUCCUUAUUCUUAGUGCCUUCAUCACCCUGUGUUUUGGGGCAUUUUUCUUCCUUCCAGACUCUUCAAAACACAAACGCUUUGAUCUGGGUUUAGAAGAUGUGUUGAUUCCUCACGUAGAUGCCGGCAAAGGGGCUAAAAACCCUGGAGUCUUCCUGAUCCAUGGACCUGAUGAACAUAGACACAGGGAAGAAGAAGAACGCCUGAGAAAUAAAAUUCGAGCAGACCAUGAGAAGGCCCUGGAAGAAGCAAAAGAAAAAUUAAGGAAGUCAAAGGAGGAAAUACGUGCAGAAAUUCAGACAGAGAAAAAUAAGGUAGUCCAAGAAAUGAAGACAAAAGAGAGCAAGCCUCUGCCACCAGUCCCUAUUCCAAACCUUGUAGGAAUCAGUGGUGGAGAACCAGAAGAUAGUGACAUAAGAAAGAAAAGGGAAAAAAUUAAAGAGAUGAUGAAACAUGCCUGGGAUAAUUAUAGGACAUAUGGAUGGGGACAUAAUGAACUCAGACCUAUUGCAAGGAAAGGACACUCCACUAACAUAUUUGGAAGUUCACAGAUGGGUGCUACCAUAGUAGAUGCUUUGGAUACUCUUUAUAUCAUGGGACUUCAUGAUGAAUUUCUAGAUGGACAAAGAUGGAUUGAAGACAACCUUGAUUUCAGUGUGAAUUCAGAGGUAUCUGUGUUUGAAGUUAACAUUCGAUUUAUUGGAGGCCUGCUUGCAGCAUAUUACCUUUCAGGAGAAGAGGUGAGCAAAAUAUUCAAGAUUAAAGCAGUACAAUUGGCUGAGAAACUCCUACCUGCUUUUAACACACCUACUGGGAUUCCCUGGGCAAUGGUGAAUCUGAAAAGUGGAGUAGGGCGAAACUGGGGCUGGGCGUCUGCAGGUAGCAGCAUUCUGGCUGAAUUUGGUACACUACAUAUGGAAUUUGUCCACCUCAGCUACUUGACAGGGGACCUGGUAUACUAUAAAAAGGUCAUGCAUAUUCGGAAACUACUUCAGCAAAUGGAUCGUCCAAAUGGCCUUUAUCCAAAUUAUUUGAACCCAAGAACAGGGCGCUGGGGUCAGUAUCAUACAUCAGUUGGUGGUCUGGGUGACAGUUUCUAUGAAUACUUACUGAAAGCUUGGUUGAUGUCAGAUAAAACAGACCAUGAGGCGAGAAAGAUGUAUGAUGAUGCUAUUGAGGCUAUAGAAAAACACCUUAUUAAGAAGUCCCGGGGUGGUCUUAUCUUUAUUGGAGAAUGGAAGAAUGGGCAUUUGGAAAAGAAGAUGGGACAUUUGGCUUGCUUUGCUGGGGGAAUGUUUGCACUAGGAGCAGAUGGCUCCAGAAAGGAUAAAGCUGGUCAUUAUUUAGAGCUAGGAGCAGAAAUUGCACGUACAUGUCAUGAGUCAUAUGACAGAACAGCAUUAAAACUAGGUCCUGAAUCAUUCAAGUUUGAUGGUGCAGUGGAGGCCGUGGCUGUCCGGCAGGCUGAAAAGUAUUAUAUCCUCCGUCCAGAAGUAAUUGAAACCUAUUGGUACCUAUGGCGAUUUACUCAUGAUCCAAGAUACAGGCAGUGGGGCUGGGAAGCAGCACUGGCUAUUGAAAAGUAUUGCCGGGUCAGUGGUGGAUUUUCUGGAGUCAAGGAUGUAUAUUCCUCUACUCCUACACAUGAUGAUGUACAACAGAGCUUCUUUCUUGCUGAAACAUUAAAAUAUUUGUAUCUGCUCUUUUCUGGUGAUGACCUUUUACCUUUAGACCACUGGGUGUUUAACACAGAAGCUCACCCUCUGCCUGUGUUACAUUUAGCCAACAUCACACUUUCAGGUAACCCUGCUGUUCGAUGAAAGAAACUCCAGAAGGACCAGUCUUACCUGUGUUUUGUUUACAUGGACUACUACAGAAACUAGUCUGGAGAGGCGGCUUUUGAAAAUCUGGACCUCUAAGUCAACAUGACAGGGUGAAACCUCCCCACAAGACUUUUCAACUUGUAGAUAUAUCAACUUUGAAAUUAUUCCAUUUUAUACCUGACCAAAAUAUGUUCUGGUACAUGUAGGACGGAGACCUGAUGUGCUUUGAUUCUUAAUGAGAUGGUCACAUGAGAAGCAAUGCCUAUUAAUGCUACAAGCCAAGAACAUAGAGCACCUUGCAGGAAUUAGAGAUGGCUUUGAAACCAAUUAUAUAAUUUGUUUCUCUCACAGUGGAGCAGCUUUCAAAUCAGAUAUUUACACAUUGAUUCUCCCUUUUUCUCCAUUUUAAUAAUGGAAUAAACUAAGAUAAACAAAAACAAGAGAACAGUGUAACUGCAUCAGUAGUAAGAAGACUCAAAAGAGAAACAGAAGUAUCUAUCCCUGUCUGAAUUUUGGAUGACCAGACUGGCAACCAUUUCAAUCCCAGUGUUUUUCAUUGAAAUUUCUCAGUUAAAUUUAAUUUUUCCUGGGGCAUGAUCUCACAAAGAGUACUCUUCAAGUCUUUUUCUGUAUCUGGUAUCAUUGAAAUUGCUAUUUAUCAUAACCACUACUUAUGAGCCUGGGUUUGGGAUUUUGUGCAUGUAAUUCAGUCUAGUGUUGGUAGCAUGACCAAAAGAGGAGGAGAUGCCAGUUUGUUGCCUUGGCACCUGUUCUUAGAGAAACCCUUGGUUUCAUUGGUAAGAGAUCAUUCUUUCAAACCAACACGUCUACCAACUAAAUUUUAUCUACUGUACUCUUAUAAUAAAUUUAAUAGAGUCAGUCCACUUACAACUUUAUGUGACUUGACAAAAUUCACUAUACUAUUAUACAGCUCUUAAUUUGCCAUUAUAAAUUAAGUUACUUUUAAAAUUUAGAAAAGCAAAAACAAAACACAGUGAAACUUCCUUAAACAUUCCAUCAGGAAUGGGGACAGGGGAUCCUUCAUUAUCUCAUCAGAUGAGUAAGCUAUUCACAAAUAUUUUUGGUUUUUAGUUUCUCCAAGAAUAUUUAUAGAAUCCAAAGAGUUAAUCAGAAUAACUUCAAAAUAACAUAUUGGUGAUAAGGGUGUAAUUAAUCAUAUUACACUGAAAUUGGGAUAUAUCUAAGGGUCUUUCUUUUAUCAUUAGUAGAUUUUGCAUUGAUAUUUUUUUAAAAAAACUAUUUCUUUAUAUUUUGGCAGAAGAAAAAUUUUAUCAGAACUGUAUAGUAUAAGAUAAAUACUAAUACUUACAAAUUUUUCAUCCCUUGAAUUUCUGUGACUGUGCAAGACACUUUUUUCCUCUUAAUUUAAUACAUUUUCCACUGACUAUAAUAAAAGUUGGAAACAAUAUAAUUAGUAUUUACUCUGAAUUUGAAUAUUUUAUGAAGCAAGUUUGUACAGGAAGCCUCCCUUGGAAUUCUGAAGGCUUAUUUCCUUAUUCAGUAGCUUGUCUUUUUAACCCUCUAAUUAGCAUGUAGUAGAUUUAAAUUGGGAAAAGACCUAAUAAAUUAAUUAAACAUUUUCUAAAGGUGAUCAUCUUGUACCACAAUUAUUAGACAAUCCUCACAGUUCGGCCAAUGAUCCAUAAAUGAUAGCUACCCCAAAAUUGUUUAGUGUACAUAGAAAAUAAGAAUGUGAAGCCAGUUGUAUUAAGUAUCUAAGAGGGUUUAAUUUUAGUAUCUUUCACUAUUUGGAAGUUUAAAGUUUUUGCAAAGGGUAGAUGACUGUGACUUUAGAAGAGAAAGGGAGUAUUUGGUUGUCAGAAAAAUUUAGCCUUCCUCCUAAAAGUAGCACAAGCCCACUUAUGAAUCACUGAAAAGAAGUAAAAAACUUGAGUUGGCAAAGACCCAGAGUAUACAUGCAGAUAGCAGCAAUCUCCCCCUUUUCCCUCUCUGUCUAUAGAAGAGUGCAGAGUAAAGGGGCCAUACUAACUCCCUAGACAACUCCUCACCAGAGGAGACAGAACCCCUACCCCAAGUGCUCUGUAUUACUUGGAUGACUGGAGCUGAAGAGAAGGCAAAGAAGUGUACAAGCAGAGCCAAUUCCAGUACAAAGAAUUUGAGAGAGACCAUGGAAGGGUCUUCCUCACUCCCUGCCUUCUUUGUGAUGAUAAGUCUAGAGCUUAUAACAGUGCUUUUUCUUCUCUGAAUACCAAAGGCAAUUAAAGUCGGAUACAAAUGACUUGCCAGUGUCAUGUUUUGUUUUUGUUGAAGACUUUGUAAAUAACUUCCACUGAGAUCAGUCUUUAUCCCAUAUUUUGCUUAGUUUCCAAGAAUAUUCUUUACUAUCUUCUAUCCUUAAUUGCCCUUUGCAUUUCGUAGAUUUUAUUACUCAGGUUCAGUACUCACUGCAUUUAUAAGAUCUCCUGCAAAGAGCCCAGAAAUUCUAUUUUUCAGGUGCCCCCUCAAAAAGCUGACACCUCGCUUUGUGCCUGUGUCACAGUUGUGCAGAACAGCUAGAUGGGUUGGUACAUAAAAGAAAGAAAAAAAAAAGAGAGAGAGAGA